UUCCGCCUCCCAGGAGGGUGAGAAGGACCGGCUGCCGGAGCGGGCUUGAGGUCUUCUUGGAGCCCGAGACCCUCCCCUGAAGCUGGGACUGGGACGUCUCGCCUUUUCGCGGCACCUGUUGCAGGUGACAGGCAACUCUGAUAGCUCUCCUGGUCUGGUUGCUUUGAAGAAAGCAGAGUAGAAGAAAAAACAGAAUAAGUCAUGUCGGAGAUACUUGACCUCUCUUUUCUGUCCGACGUGGAAAGGGAUUUGAUACUCAAUGUCCUACAACGAGACGAUGAGCUCCGGAAAGCAGAUGAGAAAAGGAUUAGGCGACUGAAGAAUGAGUUAUUGGAGAUAAAAAGGAAAGGGGCCAAGAGGGGCAGCCAACACUAUAGCGAACGGACUUGUGCCCGGUGCCAGGAAAGCCUGGGUCGUUUGACUCCCAAGACCAACACUUGUCAGGGUUGUAAUCACAUGGUGUGUCGGGACUGCCGUGUCCAGGAAAGCAAUGGCACCUGGAGGUGCAAGGUGUGCACCAAGGAAAUAGAGCUGAAGAAGGCAACUGGAGACUGGUUUUAUGACCAGAAAGUGAAUCGCUUUGCUUACCGCACAGGCAGUGAGAUAAUUAGGAUGUCUCUGCGCCGUAAGCCUGCAGUGAAUAAAAGGGAAACAGUGGGACAGUCCCUCCUUCAUCAGUCACAGAUGGGCGAUGUCUGGCCAGGAAGAAAGAUCAUUCAGGAGCAACAGAAGGAACGCAGUGUGCCAUUUGAAGUGCCCAAGCUCAAAAGUGGAAAGAGUGCGCUGGAGGCUGAGAGUGAGAGUCUGGACAGCUACACAGCUGACUCAGAUAGCCUGUCCAGGAGAGACUCUCUGGAUAAAUCGGGCCUCUUUCCAGAAUGGAAGAAGAUGUCUGCCCCCAAAUCUCAAGUAGAAAAGGACACUCAACCUGGGAAUCAAAAUGUGGUAUCUGUUGAUGAGGGCGAAAUGAUAUUCAAGAAGAACACCAGAAAAAUCCUCAGGCCUUCAGAAUAUACUAAGUCUGUGAUCGAUCUUCGCCCAGAAGAUGUGGGGCAUGAAAGUGGCUGCUUGGGAGACAGAAGCAAAUCGGUCCCAGGCCUCAGUGUGGAUAUAGGAGAGGAAGAGGAAGAAGAAGAAGACAUUGACCACCUGGUAAAUUUGCAUCGCCAGAAGCUAGCCAGAAGCAGCAUGCGAAGUGGCUCAUCCAUGAGUACAAUUGGCAGCAUGAUGAGCAUCUAUAGUGAAGCUGGCGAUUUCGGUAACAUCUUUGUGACUGGCAAGAUAGCCUUUUCCCUGAAGUAUGAGCAGCAAGCACAGACUCUGGCCAUCCACGUGAAGGAGUGCCACCAGCUGGCCUAUGCUGAUGAAGCCAAGAAACGCUCUAACCCAUAUGUGAAGACUUACCUUUUGCCUGACAAGUCCCGCCAAGGAAAAAGAAAAACCAGCAUCAAGCGGGACACCAUCAAACCACUAUAUGAUGAAAUCCUUCGAUAUGAGAUCCCAGAAUCUCUCCUGGCCCAGAGGACUUUGCAGUUCUCAGUUUGGCAUCAUGGCCGUUUUGGCAGAAACACUUUCCUUGGAGAAGCAGAGGUCCAGAUGGAUUCCUGGACGCUUGAUAAGAAACUAGAUCAUUGCCUUCCUUUACAUGGAAAGAUCAGUGCUGAGUCCCCGACUGGCUUGCCAUCACACAAAGGCGAGUUGGUGGUUUCACUGAAAUACAUCCCAGCCUCCAAGCUCCCUGUUGGAGGUGACCGGAAGAAGAGUAAAGGUGGGGAAGGGGGAGAGCUCCAGGUGUGGAUCAAAGAAGCCAAGAACCUGACGGCUGCCAAAUCAGGAGGGACUUCAGACAGCUUUGUCAAGGGAUACCUCCUUCCUAUGAGGAGCAAGGCCAGUAAGCGUAAAACUCCUGUGAUGAAGAAGACUCUGAAUCCCCACUACAACCAUACAUUUGUCUACAAUGGUGUGAAGCUGGAAGACCUACAACACAUGUGCCUGGAACUGACUGUGUGGGACCGGGAGCCCCUGGCCAGCAAUGACUUCCUGGGAGGGGUCAGGCUGGGUGUUGGCACUGGGAUCAGUAAUGGGGAAGUGGUGGACUGGAUGGACUCGACUGGGGAAGAAGUGAGCCUGUGGCAGAAGAUGCGACAGUACCCAGGGUCUUGGGCAGAAGGGACUCUGCAGCUCCGUUCCUCAAUGGCCAAGCAGAAUCUGGGCUUAUGAGUUCCUGUCCUCCCCUGCAGGUGCAGCCCUGUCCAGGGCAAGUUAGAGGAGGCAAAGAAACCAAGAGCAAAAAUUUAUAAUUUAAUGUGUGUGUGUGUGUGUGUAUGUGUGUAUGUUAUGUAUGUGUGUGUAUAAACAUGUAUUUCUACAAAUCUUAUUAUGCUUGAGUGAUGCAGAUGUGUUUCCCUUUUAAAAGCAGGCUCAAUAAUAAGAGUCUUUUCAAAAUGUUUUUGUGUAUGCAUAAUCUAGUAUACUUUCAGAGUCCAUUCUUUCUAUAUCUUUAGGAGGUUUAAUUAACUUACAGAUCUUUUAAAACAGCGUUUUAUCUCCUGCCUUGCUAUCUUUGUUCCUACUUCCUCUGGAAGCCAUGGCUACCUUUGACAUUCAUACCAGUCUAUGUUUCAAGGUGUGCCUGGUCUGAAGCCUAGGCUCUAGGAAGCAUGGUUGGGUUACUAAAGACAGGAGAAGAUAGGGGAGAGGUGAGUAGGUCUUCUUUCUCUCCAGUUUAUGCUUUUAACUCCAUUUCUACCUUGAUAAAUGGCUUUUAACCCUUCUUGUGUUUAAGCACUUUCCACCUGGUUUGGUUCUAUUGGUUUUCUUUGAAAUGCUAAGAAAAUUCUUAAGUUCCUUUUAGUUCUAGACACCUUCACCAGACCUUGGGGCCCCCUUAAAAUGGAGCUGCUUUAGAAAAGCACUUGAAUUCAAUAAUGGCCUUUCAACUGAGUCAUGGACAUGCCCAGUGAUAUAGCUUGUCAGUAGUCCCAGAGGACCAAUGACUGAGGGUGAAGCACCUCCCAGCCCGAUCGGAAUUCUUUGCAUUUUAAAUAGAUACAGUGCUUGUUGGAAAGCCUCCGCGUUCCUCUAAUGAAAGCAGAGAGAAACGUCUUCACUCUCCUCUUUCUUAGUGUUUGCAUCCGUGGGGUGUUAUUACACAGAAUAUGGUCUACAUACCAUUAGGUCAGCCAGAAUAGUCAAGUACUGUCUCAGCUGAUCUGGUGUCUCUGGACACUGUUAGCGCUCCAGGAAAGUAUAUUUAGAGACCCUCUCAGUUAUUCUGACUUCCUUCUUGAAGUGGUUUCAGUUCCUGUUUUUUCUGUUGUUUCCUGAACUUGACCAAGAUAUAGCAUGGGUGCAUUGUGGUAAGACCUUUCUAAGAAGGGUUUAAUGACCUCAGGCUCAUUUUCUGAAACUCACUGUUCCAAAUGGACCUUUUUAUUAUUCCAAGUGUGUCUAUGCAAAGUGGCUUGUGAAAGGAGUCUGUACUGAAGAAGAAAUCCCUUGCAGUACAGUCAGCUGCUGGCUGACUUUACUAUAAGGCCACUGGAUUGAUGGCAGUUAAGAUGGUUUCUCUUAUUUGCAUGAAAUGAAUGGAGGAGUGUUUUUAAAAGGUUGACUUGAUGCAGACUGAUAUUGUAAUGAAGGCAUAACUUGGGAUCUUGAGCUGUAAAUUGCUCCUUUGGUCUCCACCCCCUGAAAUGUAUAUGAGUGAGCUUCAAUAAAGUUUUCUCACUUGUCAA